AUGGCAACGUCCAAACCGCCACGAAUAUGUCUACCACACACAGGGAUAUCAAGAAAAACCGAUUUUCUUCUCGGCGCGUUCUUCUCUUCUAUCCACGUUCUCCUGACUACAAUCGUCUAUCAUUAUGUUCCAGACCCAUAUAUGGAUGAGUUCUUUCAUAUUUCCCAGACAAGACUCUACUGUGCCGGAAACUACACAUGGAACCCGCUGAUUACGACACCGCCGGCGCUCUACAUCCUCUCGAUGCCACUUUGCGGUGGAUACGAAAGAUAUGCAAACUCAAUUUUAUUGUUUUUUGCAAUUCCCGCAUUUUGUAGAUUCCGGAGAAUGUUUGUGAGAGAAGACGUCUGGUUGACGGUGUCGAUCGUUGGAUCCCUUCCUAUUCUGAUGGCUUCUUCCGUAAUCUUCUACACCGAUCUACUCUCUUUAACCACUGUUAUUUGGGGAUUUUCUAUCGGAAAUCCAGUGGUUUCAGCUGCGUUCUUCCUUGUAGCCAUUCUCACGCGUCAGACAAAUAUUGUCUGGGCAGCGAUUUACGCAUUCUCUGUUCUCGCUUCCAAAAUUGAUGUUUCAAAGCCGAAGUUCGAAAAUUUGAAACGUCUCAUCUUCACUACUUUCUCAUUAUGGCCAUUCGUUGGACUUGCUGCUGGAUUUCUCGUGUUUUUAUAUCUCAACAACUUCCAAAUUGUUCUCGGAGACGCCAAAGCACAUGAACCGAAAUUCCACGUUGCACAAUUCUUCUACAUGAUUUUAUUCUGUGCUGCUCACACUUGGACUCAAAUUCUACCGAAUCUUCUCUCACAUUUGAGUCAUCUAACGGAUAUGAAGGCUCUCUGUCUACAAGCAGUGGUUGCAGUACUUGUCUAUCAAUUCUCCUACGACCAUCCAUAUCUUCUUGCCGACAAUCGUCAUUUCACUUUCUAUAUCUGGCGCCGAUUCCUAUCAAACCCUGUGAUGAGAGCGACUUUAGCUCCUCUUUAUACAUUUUCCGCUAGAUUUAUGUCUUUAUCAACCCCAAAUAUUCACGUGUUUCACAAAUUCCUUUUUGUCUUCGCUUCUUUGUUAGUUCUCGUCCCUGCUCACUUGUUUGAAAUGCGUUAUUAUAUUGUACCAUAUGUUAUCUGGAGACUUGCGACGGUGAAUAAUCGACGAAAGUCUCUUCUUGCUUUAGAAUUAGUGUCGCAAGUCACUCUGUUUUCAGUUGUUUUCUGUUUAUUCCUUUUCAAAACGUUUGAAUGGCCAAACGAGCCGGGUGUUAAGCAGAGAUUCAUGUUUUAA